CGCCCCAGCCUACAGGAACAAGCACAUAUACGACAACUUCUGUUCUUACACCGUCGACGCCUAGUUCAAGCAUUAGUACGCUGAACAUGACCACUUCAUCGAACACAUCUACUUCUACCUCGAGCUCAACAUCUACUACUUCCUCGAAUACGACAUCAACAUCUUCCAGCACGAUACCUAGCAUAUCAGGCACGACAUCUACAUCUACGUUGAGCUCAACAUCAACGACUACGACAAUAACGACAUCGUCUACUACAUCUGGUACGACAUCGUCUACUACGUCUGGCACGUCAUCUUCUACUACGUCAGGCACGACGUCGUCUACAACGUCUGGCACGACAUCGUCUACUACGUCCGUCACGACUUCGUCUACUACGUCUGGCACGACAUCAUCUACUACGUCUGGCACGACAUCAACUACUACGUCUGGCACGACAUCAUCUACUACGUCUGGCACGACAUCAUCUACUACGUCUGGCACGACAUCGUCAACUACGUCUAGCACGACAUCAACAACCACAUCAACAACGACGUCGAGUACGACAUCUACUACUACAUCCAGUACGACAUCUACUACUACAUCCAGUACGACAUCUACUACUACAUCCAGUACGACAUCUACUACUACAUCCAGUACGACAUCUACUACUACAUCCAGUACGACAUCUACUACUACAUCCAGUACGACAUCUACUACUACAUCCAGUACGACAUCUACUACUACAUCCAGUACGACAUCUACUACUACAUCCAGUACGACAUCUACUACUACAUCCAGUACGACGUCUACUACUACAUCCAGUACGACAUCUACUACUACAUCCAGUACGACAUCUACUACUACAUCCAGUACGACAUCUACUACUACAUCCAGUACGACAACUACAACGACAUCGACCACAUCAACUACCACAUCGACCACGUCAUCUACUAGCACGUCGACCACUACAUCAACAUCAACAUCGACUACAUCUACCACUACGCUGAGUACGACAUCAACUUCGGCAACGAGCACCACCGCGACCAACCUACUAGCCGUGCUCACAAAUCUACUCUCACUCUUGCAGACCUCCAAUAUCGCAAUUGCUACCAUUCAAACCCUUCUGAAUCAACUAAUAAACCUUUUAGUCUCUCUCGGCCUCGGAAGGAGGAGGAGGAGAAGGAAGCGCAGUGCGGAGACCGCCAUCAUUGAUAACAUUAGGACGACCUUUAGCAACGGUGCCACUGCACUCAUGCGCGAAGACGAACUCGCUCUGUUAAAGAUGAUAGCGGAAGUCAUGGAUUCCAUGACACAAGUGGAAGCCAUUGAUGCUUCCAUAAAACGUGGGUCCUUGGCAUACUCUCCAGAGCUCGUUAAUUCUAUAAAUAAUACCAUUUCCUCCGGCCAUGAUACUCUAAGAAAUCUGACAGCUCAAAGUCAAAACGUAAGAGGAAAAAUAAGGAGUGUGUACGACCAAAUUGGCUGGAGUCCAGACAACACCGAUAGCGAAGAAUUGCCAUCUAUGUUUAGGCGGCAUCACAAACCGAUGCCUCCAUUACAGCCGGGCCCACUCACGUGUUCAACACUGGUUCCAAGAUAA